AUGAUCCAAUUGUAUUCAAUCCAAUCCUGCUCGUUUGCAGUUGGCGAGAGCCGGUGGAGCGGUCAUCGACGGUGUUUACAUGACGUUUGUGCACCACCGGUGAUCAGGCCACAAUUCAUUACGUUCGUGGUCAACUCCAACCAAACACACGGACCACACAACCCACGACUGUUCUCAGUCUGCCCCGUCGGCGCGUCGGACACGCAGCCAUGUCCGAGCCCGUCGAAAGUUGCACCAGCAGCGGCCCGGGCGCCGAUCCUGACUCGUCGCAGAGCUCGGUGCGUUGCGGCGACGACGACGACACGGCCAACAUGGAGACCGUGGCACUGGACACCACCGACAUCUACCAGGAGCUGGUGCAGGCCGACGAGGCCGGCCACGACAUGAGCAUAAGCCUGGAUUCAGACCCGGGGAAGGAGGCGGACCUGAAGCGGUACUUUGCGCACACGCCGACGGAUGCGGCCCCCUGCUCCUUCUUCGACUCGCUCUCGGUGAGCACGUCGCCCAUGAUGAAGAGCGUGUCGGAGGCGAGCAUGGUCCAGGCGGCCAGCAGCGUCCAGGAUGCCAUCCCAGAAGCCUUGGCCCAGUCGAGGCCCCUGGAGGAGUCCGGUCUCUUCUUCUCGGUCGGAGAAACGCCCGGCGAAGAAGCCACAGCCGUCAUCGCCCAGGAGGCCCUGGAAGGCACGGUGGAGUUCCACUCCGCUCCGGUCCUGGAGGAGGUGGAGUCCAUCCAGGCGUCGUCGGAGCCGCCGGCAGACACCCGGGCAGCGAGCAGUGCGGACGAGGGUCCAUCUCUGAGCAAGUUCUUCUCGAGCGACUGCAGCGGAGGCGACCAGGAGGGCAAGGCCUUCUUUGACGUCCUUGCUGCAGAGAUUGCUGGCGGGGACAAGUCCAGGAGGUCUUCCGGAAGUGCCAGCCCACUCUCUAUGGUCCAGGAGUCGUGCCUCAUUGCCGACGCGCCUCCGACGGACGACGGUGACCUCUGCGCGUACGACAACUGGUUGCCGUCGGCUGCGACGCGGGAAUUCUUGGCGCGGCUGGCAACUUCGGAGCCCGGGACCGUGUUUCCGGAUCGGGAGCACCUGACCAUGCCCGGAAUCAUUGUGGAGGAACCGCAGGGGGACCCGGUGCGAGCGCUGCUGCAGGAGCACAUAGCAGAGGAGAUGGUGCACCGGCGCACCCUGACUGCGGACGACGUGCCACAGAACGAGGAGGGCCUAAGGCAGCUUCUGGGGGCACAGUGCCACAACGCCGCCAUCAACCUGACCACGAGGCUGCUGACCAGCGUCGGACAAGGUCCGGGGGCCGGAGGCCAUCCGUCCAGGCACAGUCCCCACUCCCUCCAGUUGUGGUACACCAGGCUAGCCCUGUUUGUGAAGUUGCGCAAGUUUGCGCUGGCGGAGGUUGAGGCGGAGGCGUUUGGUGACCUGGACCGCCCGGACCUGUACUACGAGUUCUACCCCGACUCCUACCCCGGGAAGCGAGGUUCGAUGGUGCCCUUUGCGUUCAGGCUACUGUUGGCGGAGCUCCCCCAAUUCCAGGGAAACCACAGCACCGCUCUCAAUGCCCUCUACAAGCUGCUCAACAUCGUGCACCACAUUCUGGCAAACCUGACAAACGGAGUCACGGAGGGCGGCAGCCUUCUUGACAUGAGCGAGCAUGUCAGGCAAGCCUCAAUGAAGCUUUGGGAGGACCGAGAGUGCCGCGUGUACUUCGCCAUCCUCAACUGUGUCCUGAGUCAGAAGGAUUUCGUAGUGGCCAUCAAAGUGGCGAGGAUCCUGCUGGAAAAGAACAGCGGACGGAAGGCACAACUGUACUCAGCCAUCGGCAGGAUAUACCUCCAGCUGGGAGAUGUGGAUAUGGCACAGAGCCACUUUCAUAAGGCUGAGCUGCUCUACUACAACAUGGGGCUGGAAGGGCGACUGGAAGUCCUCAUCAACAAGGGCAUGAUGGCGCUGGCACAGAACAGCUACAGUGACGCUUACCACUUCUAUGAAGAGGCCAGCAAGCUUCAGCCCAAGAACCCACUAUUCGUGAACAACAUGGCGGUGUGCCUGCUGUACCUGGGCCGCCUGGGCGACUCGGUGUCCCUGCUGGAGGCCACGGUGCGCACGGACCCGUCGCUGUGCCUCCACGAGGGCUUCCUCUUCAACGUGUGCACCCUGUACGAGCUGCAGUCGUCCGAGGCCGGCACCAGGAAGCGUGCCAUGCUGCGCCUGGUCGGCAGACACGCCGGGGACGGCUUCAACGCCGCCUCCCUCAAGAUGCAGCCCGCAAAGACCUGAGGGACCUUCCGCGCGCCGUUUUGUACUGCCAAGUUUUUGGGCGAGACGGGUUCGGAAAUUUUGCGGCGCACCGACUGAGCCUCCUUUGCCUUUUAACGUACAGUGCAGUCACCGUGAAAUACGGAGUGUGGCAGGUCCCGAGCAAGAUUGCGGAAGUGGCCGGUAAGAACGUCGAAGAAAGAAUCGAGGCGUUUCUUGGGUUGUCGGCAUUUACUGAUAUGGUAAAAAUAUAGGUAUGACAGACAUGUCUCUUAAUAUGGCUACCCCGCUUAUAGAAAAAUCUUUUGAGUAUGAACAGAGUGAAUACAUGAAUUUUUGUCGCAUUAUAAUGGACGACUCGCAUAAUAGGCAAUUUUUUUGAAGAAAGUGAGCUCGUGUUCAUAUUAACAAAACAUGGCUAUAUGGUGAAGUAUGCUCGUAAUGUCGGUUUAGGUGUUUGGGGUACUGAAUAGGGAGGGCACUGAUAUAGUGAAUACUCCCCCCUUUGAGGAACAGUCUCCACCAUGGAGAGUUUUAUUGUAUAAAAUGGGGCUAGGCUGUCUCCCAUAGAGUCCUCCACAACGCGAAUUGGUGCGUCUGCAGCAAAGCCGGUGUACAAUAUAUAAAUAAGAGGGUGAACUGUUGCCCGUCUUUUUGGCUCAUUGGAGCUACGUGAAAAUUAGUCCUGCAUUGUUUUCAAUUGAUGGUUUUUGUAUUAAAUAUAUAUAAGUGCUUCAAAUGUAAA